CAACGCAACUGAUCAGUUCUUUGUUGUCCGUCGAAGAGAGUAGAUCGUGAGAAAAGCAGAAAGAGUCGAAGAAAAAGUUGAACGGCAAAAGGAAAAAGUGGUGAUAAAAUAUAAAUUAACAAGUUUGUGUGACGGAUUAAACAACUGAAAAAAAAAGAUAAUGCUUUAUUAAAUUAAAAAGAAAUCUCUUCGGAGGAAAAAUAACAUAAUUGUCAUUUUUGUUGCAAAUCUCUGACAAAAUUACUUAGUGCAAUAAUAAAAAAAAAAGAAAAAAUAAAAUUGUGAAAGAUCUUCUGUGAAGAAAGUAAUAAGAAAAGAAAGCAAAAAUUAGUGAUAGAAAAAAAUUAUCAUAAAGAAGAUCUAAUUUACAAGUGAUGUGAGACAUUUUCAUGCAUUUCAGUUCUUUCACAAAUUGUGCAGAGCCGAAAAGAAAAAAUAAUUAAAAGUGUGUGUUAUAAUAAAAAGUGAUAAGAAUGGGGUCGCCAUUUGAUGGCAAAAUUCCCCACAACAUGGCACGAGCAAGGUCAACACAGUGGAUUAUAUUUAGUUCUUUCGUUUUAUUUCUAUGUAUACAACGGUUAAAUGCUGAUGACAGGGAAACAACAGAUUCGUAUAACACAACAGUGCCAUGUUCUAGUGGAAUGUUUCAAUGUUCCGACGGUAAAUGUAUACCACAAAUUUGGGUAUGUAAUUACCAAAAGGACUGUGAGAAAGGCGAGGAUGAAUUUCAGUCAUGUCCUCCUCCUGACUGUGAAAAUGGUCAAUUUAGUUGUGGCAGAUAUGAAUUUAAUAAGACAUAUUGUAUUCCACCACAUCACAAAUGUGACAUGAUAGUAGAUUGUGUGGAUGGAAGCGACGAAGCAGAGUGCUCGUAUCGCAAAUGUCAACCAGAUGAUCUUCAUUGUGGAUUACCAAGCAAUCUUACAAGUCUAAAUACAGGUGGAAAGCAGUCAGAUCCAUGUGUGCCACCAGAAAAGAAAUGCGACGGUUAUCUCGACUGUCGUAGUGGGAAGGAUGAAGAAGGUUGUACAGGCAUUUCUUGUCGCCUUGACCAAUUCAGAUGUGCCAAUGGCAAUCGAUGCAUAGAUAAUGCAUUGAAGUGCAAUCACAAAAAUGAUUGCGGUGAUAAUUCAGAUGAGACUGCUUGCAAUUUCCCACCAUGUCAUGGAGGUCAAUUUAGAUGUGCCAAUGCUCUCUGUAUACCAGCAAAUUUUCACUGUGACGGAUAUCAUGAUUGUGCGGAUGAAAGUGAUGAAGCUAAUUGUACAGCUAUUGCAUGCCCCGACAAUAAGUUUUUGUGCCCCAAUGGAGGCCCAAAUAAAGCACCAAAAUGUAUUGCAAAAUCACAAUUGUGUGAUGGAAAAAAAGAUUGCGAUGAUGGCGCAGACGAGGAAACUGCUUGCUCAACAUCUUCAUGUCCAGCUUUAAGUUGUGAAUAUAAAUGUGGUCAGUCAUUAACUGGUGGACAAUGUACAUGUCCUACAGGAAAAAUGCUCUCGAGUGAUAAUAAAACAUGCUCAGAUUUAGACGAGUGUAUGGAAUGGGGAUAUUGUGACCAAUUAUGUACAAACAGUGAUGGUUCAUACACAUGUCAUUGUGCACCCGGAUAUACACUAGUUGACAAAUCACACUGUGUUUCACCGGACCCAUCAAGCCUAGAGUUGAUUUUUGCUUACGAUAGAGCAGUCAUGAGAAUGCAACAUCAUGGAUUAAAUUCACACUCAAUCGCAAAUGCAACAGGUGCAAGCGGCUUAGCAUAUCAUUACGAAAGAAAUUUAUUGUUCUGGUCUGAUAUCAAAACCAGAAAGGUUCAGUCAUUACCAUUAAAUAAUGGGGCAUUUGCUGGAAGUGAUUUAACACUUCCAGGAACUUGGUCACCAGGUGCUCUUGCUGUAGAUUGGAUUGGAGAUAAGCUUUAUGUCGCAGAUUUAGUUGGUCAAAAAGUUGAUGUAUUUGAAUUGGAUGGAAGAUGGCAUGCAGUAGUUUUAGGCUCAAACUUGACAAAUCCUGCUGAUAUUGCAUUAGAUCCAACAUCUGGAUUAAUGUUUGUUGCUGAUGGAGGACAAGUUAUACGUGCUCACAUGGAUGGAACGCAUGUUAAAUCAAUUAUUUCUGAAGCAGCUUAUAAAGCAUCUGGCGUGACGACUGAUGUUAUUGCUAAGAGAAUUUUCUGGUGUGAUUCACUCUUGGAUUAUAUUGAAUCUGUAAAUUAUGAUGGUCAGCAUCGUGUGAUGGUAUUACGUGGUCAACAAGUUCCAAGUCCAUCACGUUUGGCAAUAUUCGAAAAUCGUGUUUAUUGGACAGAUGCAACUAAACAAGGAAUAAUGUCAGUUGAUAAGUUUCAAGGCUCAUCAAGCAUCGAGUCAAUUUUUAAGGCAAAAGAUAUUCGAGAUCCUCGUGCGAUUAUUACUGUUCAUAAAUUGAGUCAACCAAAAGUAACCAAUCCUUGUGGAUCAAAUAAUGGAGGAUGUUCACAACUUUGUAUAGUUACAGCUAUUGUUGGAUCCGAAGACAAAACAGUUCCAUCAAGUUUAGGUUAUCGAUGUGCUUGUCAUACAGGAUGGCAACUUGCUACUGAUUUAAGAAACUGCUAUCUAGUUGAAGAAUUUUUGAUGUAUUCUCAACAAAGAUUUAUUAAGGGAAAGGUUCUUGACCCUGCAAUUGAAGGUUUUAGUGACGCUAUUUUACCUGUCGUUUCACGACGAGCUCGUUUCGUUGGAUUAGAUUUUGAUUCACGUGAUGAACACAUUUAUUACUCAGACGUACUACAAGAUGUUAUUUAUCGUGUUCAUCGUAAUGGAACAGGAAGAGAAAUUGUUCUUGCAUCACAAAAUGAAGGUGUUGAAGGUUUAGCAGUCGAUUGGGCAGCAAAGAAUUUAUAUUAUAUCGACAGUCGUAAAGGAACAUUAAAUGUUUUGUCCACAAGAAAUGUUACACAUCGUAGAACUUUAUUAAAGAAUCUCAAACGUCCUCGAGCAAUUGUUGUUCAUCCCAACAAAGGUUUUAUUUAUUUCUCAGAAUGGGAUAGACCUGCAAAUAUUACAAGAGCAAAUUCUGACGGAACGAAUCUUUUAGUCUUUAAAAACGUAACUCUUGGGUGGCCAAAUGGUUUAAGCAUUGAUUUCAUUGCUGAUCGAGUUUAUUGGUGCGAUGCUUUAUUGGAUCAUGUUCAACAUUCAAAUCUUGAUGGAAGUGAUAUAAAAACAGUAAAUUCAAGACUCAUUAAACAUCCAUUCUCAAUUGUAAUCCAUAAUGAUUGGAUGUUUAUUACUGAUUGGCGUUUAGAUGCAAUUGUUCGACUUAAUAAGCUCACCGGAGAACAAGAAGAAAUUAUGGUUCGUGAACCACAAACAAAUCGUUUAUAUGGUGUAAAAGUCUACAGUCGUAAAACUCAGACGAUUGCAAGUCAACAUCCUUGUUCGUAUAAUAACGGUGGAUGUGAGAAGAUGUGUUUCGCAAUACCAGAUAAUGUAACAGAAGUGUUGCAUGCUAAAUGUGCAUGUCCUUAUGGCGAACGAUUGAAUGCUGAUGAACGUUUAUGUACAUUAGAUCCAAGUGCAGAACCACCAGUCCAAGCUUGUCCAAAUUCAUGGGAUUUCACAUGUAGAAAUCAACGAUGCAUUCCAAAGUCCUGGAUUUGUGAUGGUGAUGAUGACUGUCUGGAUAAUAGCGAUGAAGAACAGAAUUGUACGAAACCAACUUGUGGCUCAAACGAGUUUCAAUGUAAAUCUGGUCGUUGCAUUCCACUCAACUUUAGAUGCGACCAAGAAAACGAUUGCGGUGAUCAUUCUGAUGAAUUUGAAUGUGGAAAUGUAACUUGUGCUGCUUCUCAAUUCGCUUGUGAAAAUGGACGAUGUAUUCCAAAUAUCUGGAAGUGUGAUUCAGAAAAUGAUUGUGGAGAUGGAUCUGAUGAGGGUGACUUUUGUGCUGAAAAAACAUGUGCUUACUUCCAAUUUACUUGUCCGCGUACUGGUCACUGUAUUCCUCAGUCUUGGGUUUGUGAUGGUGAUGACGAUUGUUUCGACAAACAAGACGAAAAGGAUUGUCCUCCGAUAACAUGUUCAGCGAAUCAGUUUAAAUGUGCUGACCUUCGGCAGUGUAUAGAAGAAAAUUAUAAAUGCGAUGGAAUUCCUGACUGUAAUGACGGUUCGGACGAACUUGGAUGUCCUUCAGUGGAACCAAAUCAAUGCAAUCAAGAAAAACAUUUCCGUUGCAAGACUUCUGGAAUUUGCAUUCCAAUUGCAUGGCAUUGUGAUGGUUCAAAUGACUGCGACGAUCAUUCAGAUGAACAAGAAUGUGGAACAAUUACAUGCCCAAAUAACUUCUUUAAGUGUAAAAAUGGUAAAUGUGUAUUUAAGGCAUAUGUUUGCAAUGGAGCAGAUGAUUGUGGUGAUAAUUCAGAUGAAUCGCAUGAACAUGCAUGUGUUCCACCACCAUUUAGAUGCCCAAUCGGGCAAUGGGCAUGUCCUGGAAUUCAUGAGCGAUGUAUUAAUAUCACAUCAGUAUGUGAUCAAAAACCAGACUGUCCAAAUGGAUCUGAUGAAGGAGAAGGAUGUGAUUUAGCUGAAUGUAUGCAUCAAAAUGGACGUUGUACAAAUGGUUGUCAAAAGACACCUUUGGGUGCUUUGUGUAUAUGUCCACCUGGAGAAGAAUUAUCGGAUGAUGGAUUCACAUGUAAAGAUAUGAAUGAGUGUAAUCCACCAGGCUUAUGUUCUCAAAGAUGUGUUAAUACAAAAGGAUCAUACUUCUGUUCUUGUACCCCUGGAUAUGAUAUCUUACCUGAUAAACAUCAUUGUAAAGCUGUAAAUCAUUCAUCAGCAUUCCUUGUGAUAUCAAAUCGUCAUUCGAUUCUUGUUGCUGAUUUGAAGGAACAGGGACUUGAAAGAGUUCCAAUAAUUGUCGAAAAUGUAGUUGCAACAACAUCAAACAUGCACACAGGCACAAUAUUCUGGUCAGAUAUGAAGUUAAAGAAAAUUUCUAGAUUAGAUCGUGGACAGGAACCAACUGACAUAAUUACAACCGGUCUUGAUCUAGUUGAAGGCUUAGCUUACGACUGGAUCGGUAAAAAUAUUUAUUGGUUAGAUAGUAAAUUGAAUACUAUUGAAGUAUCAACAGAAAAUGGAACUGAAAGACUUGUACUUGUACGAGAAAAUAUUACACAGCCACGAGGCAUGUGUUUAGAUCCAACACCUGGACAAAAAUGGCUUUUCUGGAGUGAUUGGGGUGAAAAUCCUCGUAUUGAAAGAGUUGGAAUGGAUGGUACUUUGAGAGAAACAAUCAUCAGCAAUAAAAUCUACUGGCCUAAUGGCUUGACUCUUGAUAUCGCCACAAAACGAGUUUACUUUGCUGAUUCAAAAUUAGACUUCAUUGACUUUUGUUACUAUAAUGGAACCGGUCGUCAACAAGUUUUAGCAGGAAGUCAUUACUUGCUGCAUCCACACUCAUUAACACUAUUUGAAGAUACACUUUAUUGGACUGAUCGUCAACUUAAUAGAGUUUUAUCGGCUCAUAAAUUUAAAGGAAAUAAUCAAACUGUCGUUUCACACUUGAUUUCACAGCCACUUUCUAUUCACGUUCACCAUAAAGUUCUUCAACCAAUGGGAGAGAAUCCGUGUGAUAGUGCUGAAAAUAAAUGUCAACAUAUUUGUCUAUUGAGUCCUUCAGAAAAGAAGGGAUAUGUAUGUAAAUGUAAACCAGGCUAUAAACUAAUUGACGAAUAUAAAUGCACAGAGGAAGAACAACCAUAUUUGAUGGUUCUUAAAGGCAAUCAGAUCAUAGAUGUUCCACUUAGUAAUGGAAAUGCAAGAGCAGGCUCAUUAACACCAGUUGUUGGUAUUGAUAAUGGAAUAAAUCUUGAAUAUGACAGAAAAGGUGAACAAAUAUUUUGGCUCCAAGGCAAGGAAGACGAUGAAGAGAAUUGUACAAUUUAUGUAACGCCUUACGGGGGCGGAAAUAAAACAGAGUUCCUGCCUGAUUCUGGUAUUGUUGGUGCUCCAUAUGCUAUUGCUUUUGAUUGGAUUGGAAAAAUUCUAUUUAUCGGAAAUCGUAUUGCUAGCAAUAUUGAAGCAGUUCGAGUCAAUGGAAAAACGCGCUAUCGUGCAAUAAUUUUAGCUAAUAACGGAGAAAAAGAAUCUGUAGCUAAACCUAAAUCUCUCACACUUGAUCCAACAGAAGGAAAAGUUUUCUGGGCAGAUGAUGGUGGAUAUGGCGUUCCUGCUAAAAUUGCAAGAGUUAAUAUGGAUGGAACAAAUUCAGUUAUUCUUAUUGAGGUCGAGAAUCCUGAAGCAAUAACUGUUGAUAUUGACAAGAAAUUUGUUUAUUACAGCACAAGACAUCCGCCAGGUAUACAUUCUAUGCGUUAUGAUGGCACAGAAAGAAAUGAAAUAUUAAGUGAACAAAAUGAUAUUUCUUAUCCAAAAGCACUUGGAAUAUUAGAAUCAAGACUUUAUUAUUUAGAUCCAACAUAUGAGAAAAUUGUGCGUGUUGAUCUUCCAAGUGGAGACAAUGCUAAAGUCAUUCUUGACAAUGAAGGAGAUUUGAAGAACAUGAUUGUUUUUAAAAAGCGCACAAUGCAACAACAUCCAUGUAUGACACAAAACGGUGGUUGUGAACACUUCUGUCUGCCGAGUGAAGGUGGAUCAAGAACUUGUGCUUGUGGAAUGGGAUAUAAGAAAGAAAAUGAAAUUACAUGCACACCAUAUAAAUCGUUUGCAGUUGUUUCACAAUUAGACGUUGCUCGUGGUUAUUCACUUAAAGAUAGCACAGAUGCAAUAGUUCCAAUUGCUGGUCCAGGUCAUCAUAUUUUGCAUGUUGAUGUCGUUUUUAGAGAACAAUGGAUUUAUUGGGUAGAAUUUAAUAGAGGACAUUGGAAUGGAAUUUUCAGAGCUCGUCCAAAUGGAAGUGACAUUCAGCAUAUUAUUAAAGAUGGAAUAGGAAGCAAUGCUAUCAGAGGAUUAGCAAUUGAUUGGGUUGCUGGUAAUUUGUAUUUCACUAAUGUUUUUCCACAUGAAAAUUACGUUGAAGUUUGUUGGCUCGAUGGAAGCAACAGAAAAGUAAUUGUCAAGACAACAACUGAUGCACCACGAGAACUUGCAGUUAAUCCAAUUAAACGAAUCUUGUACUGGAUUGAUUAUGGACAAUAUCCUAGAAUAGGAAAAUCAUAUCUUGAUGGCUCCAACUGGACACCAGUUGUUACAAGUGGAAUAUCAAAUCCAAGAGAUUUGACAGUUGAUAUGUUGACACAUGAUGUUUACUGGGUUGAUUCAAAAUUGGAUAUGAUUCAAAAAAUUUCAUAUACUGGUGGAAAUCGUCAAGUAAUUAGAAGAAAUCUUCCAAAUCCAAUGGGCAUCGCAAUUCACGUUAACGAUGUAUAUUGGGUCGAUAGAAAUCUUUUGACAGUAUUCAAAGCAUCUAAGUUCCCUGGAAACACAACAGUCCCAGAGAAGCUUAGAACUAAUUUGCAAAAACUUCGUGAUAUUGUCAUUUAUGAUCAAUCUAAUCAGCCAAUGGAUGACAAUAAUCCCUGCUUUAAACUUGGAAAUGGUGGAUGUGAUCAGCUUUGCUUUAGUUUCCCUCCUGAUGGAGCACUAGUUAGUGGACGUUUAAGCUUCAAAUGUGACUGUGCAACAGGAAAAUUAGCGUCAGAUGGAAGACGAUGUGAUACUGAAAAUGAGUAUAUCGUCUUUGCAACUCGUACUGAAAUUCGUGCAAUUGAACUAGAUCCAAAAUCAACAAAUGUUCCUUUCAAACCAGUUGUAAAUCUUACAAAUGUUGUAGGACUUGAUUUUGAUUAUGCUGAUAAUAAGUUGUUCUUUACACAAAUAAGACCAUGGUCAAAGAUUGCAUGGCUUAAUGCUGACAUUCCAGAAUCAAGUAGUAUUAACACCGUCAUAAAUCGUGGAAUAAACCCUGAAGGAAUUGCAUAUGAUUGGACUCAAAAGAAAAUUUAUUGGACUGACAGUGCGAAUGCUUCAAUAUUUGCAAUGAAUCUUGAUGGAUCUGAUCUUAUUAUGAUAUCGCGUGUAGAACGUCCUCGAGCAAUUGUGCUUGAUCCUUGCAAUGGAACACUCUAUUAUACAGAUUGGGGUCGGUUUGGAACUACAGGAAAAAUAUUCCGUACAACAAUGGCUGGAUCAUUGAAAAAAGCAAUUAUUGAUAAAGACUUAUCACAACCAAGUGGCUUAGCAAUUGAUUAUGAAGAGAGAAUGCUUUACUGGACAGAUGCUGUUCGUGAGAAAAUUGAAAGAUCAACACUUGAUGGAAAGAACAGAGAAAUUCUUGUUACAGCUACAAUUUAUCCAUUUGCAAUAUCAGUUUUUCGAAAUUACAUCUAUUGGACUGAUUUACAGUUGAGAGGUCUUUAUAGAGCUGAAAAACAUACUGGCGCAAAUAUGAUUGAAAUGGUAAAACGUUUAGAAGAUUCUCCAAGAGACAUUCAUAUUUACAGUAAAUCACGACAAGUUUGCCAAGCAAAUCCAUGUAACCAAAAUAAUGGUGGUUGCGAACAGAGCUGUCAUCCAGGAUUGAAUGGAAAGGCAGAAUGUAAAUGCGAUGAUUCGACAAAAGCUGUGAAUGAAGGCAAAAUGUGUGCACCAAAGAAUCAAACUUGUGAUGCUAGCAAAUUCUACUGUAAGAAUGGUAAAUGCAUUUCACGAAUGUGGGCUUGUGAUGGCGAUAAUGAUUGUGGAGAUAACUCAGACGAAGAUGUUAAUUAUUGUGCAUUCCACUCAUGUUCACCAAACGAAUUCAGAUGUAAUAAUGGUAGAUGUAUCUUCAAAACAUGGAAAUGUGAUCAUGAAAAUGAUUGUAAGGAUGGAUCAGAUGAAAUUAAUUGCCAAUACCCACCAUGUGCUGAUGGUGAAUUUACAUGUCUAAACGGUCGAUGUAUACCACAAGCACAAGUGUGCAAUGGUGUAAAUGAUUGUAAAGAUAAUGCAACAUCCGAUGAAACUCACGAAAGAUGUCCAUCAAAUCAUACAUGUCCAGCUAAUCAUCUUAAGUGCGAGAAAACAAAUAUUUGCGUUGAACCUUACUGGCUUUGUGAUGGCGAUAAUGAUUGUGGCGACAAUUCGGACGAAGAUGCUAUUCAUUGUGCUCAGAGGACAUGCCCUCAAAACUCUUUCAGAUGUCCAAAUCAUCGUUGUAUACCAGCUACUUGGUACUGCGAUGGAGAUGAUGAUUGUGGUGAUGGAGCUGAUGAACCUCCAGAAUAUUGCAAAUCUGAAGGAAGAACAUGUUUCGGAGAUCUUUUUACUUGCGAUAAUGGCAACUGUAUUCCUCGUAUUUAUAUAUGUGACGGUGAUAAUGACUGUCUUGAUAAUAGUGAUGAAGAUAAUCGACAUCAAUGUAAUGACAGAAAAUGUGAUCCUGAGACAGAAUUUACUUGUGAAGAAAAUAAGCAAUGGGGAAGAUCUCAGUGCAUUCCAAAGAAAUGGCUUUGUGACGGAGACCCUGACUGUGUUGAUGGUGCUGAUGAAAAUACAACAAUUCACAGCUGUCCAACACCACAACCGUGUGCUGAUGACCAAUUUACAUGUAGCAAUGGAAGAUGUAUAAAUAAUGGAUGGAUUUGUGAUCAUGACAAUGAUUGUGGAGAUGGAUCUGAUGAAGGCAAAUUCUGUAAUUCUCAAUACAAGACUUGCUCAACUCAAGAAUUUACAUGUCAAAACUUCAAAUGUAUUAGAAAUCAAUAUCGAUGCGAUGGAGAAGAUGAUUGUGGUGAUAGAUCUGACGAAGUAGACUGUAAAAAAGAUAACACAACAUGCGCAACUGGACAAUUCCAAUGUAAUAAUGGACAAUGCAUUGAUUACACUCUCGUGUGUAACAAAGUAUCAGACUGUUCAGAUGACUCAGACGAACCACUGCAUUGCAAUGUUGAUGAAUGUGCGAAAGUAGAAAUUAAUCAAUGUGGACAUAAAUGUGUUGAUACUUUAACAAGCUACUAUUGUGAUUGUAAUCAAGGCUAUAAGCUUCUUGCUGAUGGUAAAGCUUGUGCUGACAUUGAUGAAUGUCUUGAAACGCCAGGUGUUUGCUCACAACACUGUUCAAACACACCCGGUAGCCAUUAUUGUAAGUGUGAUGAAAGGUAUUAUGAGCGUCAAAAUGACGAACAUACAUGCAAAAGAAAAGAUAAAGAAACACCAUGGAUUAUUUUCACAAACAAAUACUACGUGCGUAACAUUUCUACUGAUGGAUCAAUUUAUAAUGUAGUACAUCAAGAUUUAAUGAAUGUUGUGGCAAUUGAUUUCGAUUACAAAGACCAGAAAAUGUAUUUCUGCGAUGUGACAGCAAAAACUAUUUUUAGAUCAGAUUAUGGUGGUGAUGGUGAUACUAAAGUAACCAAAGAACCUGUAAUUAAGCACGAUUCUCAUGGUUUGGAAGGCUUAGCUAUUGAUUGGGUUGGAAGAAAACUUUAUUGGCUUGACCGACAUUCAAAGAAUCUCGAUGUCUCAGAAUUAGAUGGAACAAACAGAAAGACGUUAAAGAGUGGAGUUGUUGAUCCUCGAGCAGUUGUUGUACAUCCUGGAAUUGGAUAUUUAUAUUUCUCAUCAUGGCAUUUGCAAGCUUACAUUGCAAAAAUGGGAAUGGAUGGUUCAAACUUUAGUAGAAUUUUAACAUGGGAACAAGAUAUUGCUUGGCCCAAUGCUCUUACCAUCGAUUAUUUUACAGACAGAAUUUAUUGGGCUGAUGCUCAUUUGGACUAUAUUGCAUUUACGGAUCUUGAAGGACACAAUCGUCACAUUGUUUUAUCUGGUGCUAAAGUUCCUCAUGUAUUUGCCUUAUCUGUUUUCGAUGAUUUUGUCUACUGGACAGAUUGGAAUCUUAAAGCAAUUAUGAGAGCGAAUAAAUUUAAUGGAAAGGAUUUACAAACUUUACGAAAUACAACGCAUCGCCCAUACGAUAUACAUAUCAAUCAUCGAUUACGACAAGUUCCAUACACAAAUCCUUGUGGUGAAAAUAAUGGAGGAUGUACUCACUUGUGUCUAUUAUCACCUCCACUUGAAUCAUCUUAUUUAAAUAUUGAAGGAUAUAUUGAAGAAGGAACACCAGGUUACAAAUGUGCCUGUCCAAAUCAAUUCUACUUAUCUCGUGAUGGAAAAACAUGUAUUGCUAACUGUACAGCUGGACAACAUCGAUGUGGAGGAAAUGAUGAAAAAUGUAUCCCAUGGUUCUGGAAAUGUGAUGGCGAGCCUGAUUGUAAAGAUAAAUCAGAUGAACCUUCAACAUGCCCACAACGUCAUUGCCGAGCAGGAACAUUCCAGUGUAAAAAUAACAACUGCACACCUUCAGCUACCAUUUGUGAUGGAAACGAUGACUGUGGAGACAAUAGCGAUGAACAAAAUUGUGAUUUGCCAUGUCCUGAUUCUGACUUCAAGUGUAAAUCUAGUGGAAGAUGUAUUUUGGACAGCUGGAGAUGCGAUGGUGAUGCCGAUUGCAAAGAUGGAAGUGAUGAAGAUCCUGCAGUAUGUCAUAAACGCACAUGUGAUCCCGACACAGAAUUCAAUUGUAAGAAUGGCAGAUGUAUUCCAAAGUUAUGGAUGUGCGAUUUUGAUAACGAUUGUGGAGAUGAUUCGGAUGAACCUGCAUAUAUGUGUCGUCAAAGAAAUUGUACAACAGGAUGGAAGAGAUGUCCAGGACAAUCAAAUUACCGUUGCAUUCCAAAAUGGCUCUUCUGUGAUGGAAAGGAUGACUGUAGAGACAACAGUGAUGAAUUGCCAGAAAACUGUCCAGUUUGCAAUACUGAGACAGACUUUAAGUGCAAGAAUAAUCGUUGCAUUCCUAAGCAAUGGACUUGCGAUUUUGCUGACGAUUGUGGAGAUGGAUCCGAUGAAACAGAAGCUCUUUGUAAAGGCAAAUACCGAGAAUGUUCAGAAUCUGAAUUCCGUUGUGAAAAUGGCAAAUGUAUUUCAUCUCGUUGGAGAUGUGACCAUGAGGAUGAUUGUGGAGAUGGAUCUGAUGAGUUACACUGUGAAAACUUCCAAUGCAAAAAUGGAACAUUCCAAUGUAAAUCUGGCCAUUGCAUUGCUGCAUACUUCAGAUGUGACGGAGAUCGUGAUUGUAGAGAUAUGUCAGAUGAAAUUGGAUGUCCACCAAAAUAUCCAGGAGGUCGAUACUGUCCAGAAACUCGAUUCCAAUGUAACAACAAUUUCUGUGUAUUUAAUACUGAUGUAUGUGACGGUUCAGAUGAUUGUGGAGAUAAUAGCGAUGAAGCACCUUCCGUAUGUUCUACAUUAACAUGUGAUGCAACAAGAAAAUUCCAAUGUGAUAAUAAGAGAUGUAUUCCAAAGUUCCAAAUUUGCGACGGAAUUGACAAUUGUGGUGAUGGAUCUGAUGAAAACAAUCAUACACUAUGUGGUGCUAAAAUCAAACCUUGUGAUCCUCAAACUCAAUACACUUGUGCAAAUAAAAAAUGUGUUGAACGGAACCAAGUUUGUGAUCAUAGCGAUGAUUGUGGUGAUUUGUCAGACGAAUUGGGAUGUCAUUUCACUAGCACAUGCUCAGAAGUGACCCUUGGAGGAUGUGAACAAUCUUGUACUAAUAUUACAAAUGGAGGAUACAUUUGUAGCUGUUAUCAUGGAUACAUAAUUGAUGCAACAAACAAGAAGAAAUGUUUAGAUGUUGAUGAAUGUGCAACAGGAACAAGCAUGUGUUCACAAACUUGUUCAAACUUAAAUGGAACAUACACAUGUGCUUGUGCUAAUGGAUUCAAACUUGUGGAAGGAACAACUGGUAUAUGUAAAGCCGACAAGGAAGAAACGUCUGUAAUUUUCACAACAGGAACAAACAUUAGAGCAUUUAACUUGAAAGAAAACAAAGAGUUUGAAGUUAUUGCUUCUGAAAAACGAAUUGAAUCAAUUGAUUAUGAUCCGAUUAAACAAAUGGUAUUCUGGGCUGAUAGCAGCGAUCGUACAAUCAAACGUUCUUACAUGGUAAAUGCUAGAGAUGGAGAAGCUAAAAUCGGAUUUGCUCAAGAUUUGAACAUGAAAGGAAAUUCAAAACCAACUGCAGUUGCUGUCGAUUGGAUUGCAGAAAAUCUUUAUUGGACAGAAACAGAUCGAACAGGAAGUAAACCUCGAGGUCGAAUUAUGGUCGCAAAGACCGAUGGACGUUAUAGAAGAGCUCUUGUGAAUAAUGGACUCGAAAUUCCAACAUCAAUUGCUGUUGAUCCACAAUUAGGAAGAUUAUAUUGGUCAGACGCUGGUUCUGCACCGAAAAUUGAAGUAUCUUGGAUGGAUGGUGGAAGAAGAAAACCAUUGAUUGUUGAUGGAAUUCGACAUCCAGCUGGCGUUGUGGUAGAUUAUGAUCAAGAACAUAGAAUCUAUUGGGUGGAUACGAAAUUGAAUACCAUUGAAUCAGUUAAAGCUGACGGAACAAUGAGAAAGGUUGUAAUUCGUGGCGAUCAGCUUAAACAUCCGAUAUCACUUGAUGUAUUUGAAUCAAGUCUGUACUGGGUAUCGCGUGAUACAGGAGAUCUUAUUAAACAAGACAAAUUUGGAAGAGGUGUUCAAGUUGUCAUUCAACGUGACAUUGCUAAUCCUGCUGGUGUUAAAAUUUAUCAUGAAAAUCGUUACAAUACAUCACUUAAAAAUCCAUGCUUUAAAAGUACCUGCUCACAUCUUUGUUUGUUAGUACCUGGUGGAUGGCGUUGUGCUUGUCCAGAUAACUCAGUUCAACCACAAAAUCAUAGAAGCACAGCUGAAGUAAUUUGUGAUGCUGUUGCCGAAAGAGAAAGACCUUUACCACUUAUUUGUAAAUGCCAGAAUGGUGGAUUCUGUAAAGAAGAAAAUGGAGAUGUCGGUUGUGACUGUCCAACAGAUUUUAGUGGUAAAAAUUGUGAAAAAUAUCAAGGUGUGCUGCAUUCAGCUGGAGGAAAUGCAACCGCAGCUGUAUUUAUACCAAUCUUAAUUUUAUUACUAAUGGGAGCUGCAGUUGGGUCAUGGUAUAUCAUUAAGAAGAGACCAUUUGGAAAAGCUACAUUAGGUUUAUCAUCAUCACAAAGUGUUUCAUUUAGACACGGAACGAAUGUAGAGUUUAAUUCACCUGGCUUUUCACCAGGCAAUCCAACAUCGCCAUCCUUACCGACAGAUCAAAUUCCACCAAUGGAUUCGUACAAUCUCGAAACACUUAAUAAAAAGAGUCGAGACUUUUCUAAUCCAAUGUAUGAUGCUGUUCAAUCAGAUUCGCAUAUGACACGAAUAUAUGACGUACCAGCCGAUGCAAAAGAGCCCAGUUCAACUGUAGAACCAUCUUCAGCAGUUAUUGCUCCUAGUAGUAUAGUACAUCGAACAUCACCUCAACUUCAAAUAAGACGUCCACGUGAGCUUGAUCCUACGCAUGUAGAUACAGGCAAAGAUACACAAGCUUUGGUUGAAGAAGACAAAUCCGAAUGCUGAUAAAUAAAGCAAAUCAGUGCAUUGUUAGAUAUUACAAAAAAAAAAAAUCAGUUUAGAACGGAAUCAAAUCUAAUCAAAAUGGAAACAUUUUUCGUUAUAUUUCUUUACCAGCUACUGUCCUAACUUAUUAUUAUAUUUUUUUUUAUAUUUCUUUGAGCUAAGCUCUUAAAAAAGCAAUUUUUAUCAAUUGAAUGUGUAAUGUUGAAUGUUUUUGAAAAAAAAAAUUGUUAUUUUUAUAUAUAUUAUUAUUUAAUACAUCCUUUAUUUAUGUACAUGAUGAGUUGUAUGAGUCUCCUAUUUUUUUUCUCUCUCACACAAGGUGCAUGAAUGAAGCAAUCAAGCAAUCAAAAGCAUAUCUAUAGACAUCUCUUUACUAAAACAUAAUAUUGCAAGAAAAGUUAUAAAAAUUUUCAUAAGACGAUUAUUAGAAACGACUGAAAAAUUAUAGUAUUUUUAUGUAAAUGUUAUAAGUCCAAAUUUUCAAUGAUGCAGUUACUAUAUGUUAUUGAGCAUUACAAAUAUCCUUGAAUUUAUGCCUUAAACAUGAACCGAAAGAGCAUUUUCUCUAUCUUCAAAAAUAUAUAUUUAAAGUAACUUAAAUCUCGUAAACUUGGGUAAAGUCGGUAAAGUAUUAAAAGUUGACUAAAACAUAUUUUUUAUCUCCUACAAAAUUAUAAAAUAUCAUUAGUGCCUUUCUUUAUUGAAAAGUGAUGUCGACUAGCAAACAGAAAAUUGAAGUUGGUUUUAAGCUAGCUUAAAGCAAGGCUGGAUUAUCGAAGUUUGCUUUUCUGGUACAGGGUACUUUACAUCACUAGAUACUAAAAUCUUUAUCUUUAAUAAAAUUAAAUUAGAGUAAGAAUGUCCACCAAAGUCGAGAAAAUGCUCAAAGUAAUAAAAAACUUGUGGAUAAUAAUAAUAAUCAAACCUUUUAUAAACCUUGUAUAUCUUCUGCAUCAUAGUACUUAUUACGCAUUUGAAAGAUGAAGAAAAUGAAACAUUCCUUGUAAUAGCUUCCGUUUUAUAUCUUUACUUGAUAGGUUGUUAAAAAUGUUUAAGUUAAAAUUCUACAUUUUCUGACUAAGAAUGAAGGAAGGAGGAAUAAAAAUGAUGAAAAAUACGAUAAUUU